AUGAUUCGGGUGCAAGGGGAGGUUCUCAGCUUGGUGAAGAUGGUAUCUAACCUUUGGGAGUGCAUCAUUUCAAGAACUGUGACGUGGGGCGCCCCCGAAAAGGACCUUCCAUGCACCUAUGGCAAGUGUCCUAGCGGCCCAAUAGGUGUCCUGUGUCGCCAUGAGGCGACGGAAUGGGUUGCCCAGGCCAGCACGGAUCUCGAAACUGCUGAGCGUUGCCCGGCACACGUUCCGAGCACGGUCGGGCGCAUCACCAUUAAGAAUUUUGCAAUCAAGCUGCAUGGGUACAUUACACGCAUAUUGCAUGGAUGA